UUUUCAUUACCGCUUUUUGUUUACAAAAUAUGGACACGUGUUUAGGGCCAGAAUUAAAUGUGUCUGAUGUUUUUUCUUGUAGUUUUUCGUCAUGGUAUUCAAGUUUUGAGAACUUAACAAUAUCAAGUAAAGUUCUGGUUUUACCUCCGGAAGUAAAGAGUUAUUUACUGGCUGAUGGAAUUGUUCUACCUGAAGAAGAUAAUUAUAGAAGCACUGCUGAUACUUCAGAAGAUGAAGAGGAUGAUUGGGAUGAUGGCAAUCAAGAAAGUCAGCCACCCAAGUUUGUAGAGUUUGAAGCGACAGUGAAGCAGGCGAUUGAAGCUCUUGGUGGCAGUGUUUUUCCUAAGCUGAACUGGAGCGCUCCUAGGGAUGCAUCAUGGAUUGCAUUUGGCAACACUCUGAAAUGUGAAGGACUUAAUGAAAUCUUACUCCUAUUGAAAAGUUCCGAUUUCAUCACCCAUGAUCUUACUAGACCGUUUGACUGUUGUCAUGACAGUGGGACUCACAGUAGUGACAGUGUGCAAUAUGAGCUGGUUUUAAGAGAGUGGUGCAGCCUAGCCCAGUCUAUGGAAUUCAGAGUGUUCGUAAAACAAGGUGUAAUUGUUGGUAUAUCACAAAGAGAUUUCACCAAUUAUUUUCCUGAACUCAAAAAUAUUGCAGCCAGGUUACCUCGUGAAAUUCAGCGCUUCCAUUCUAGACACAUUGCUGGAAAAUUUACCCUUCAAAAUUAUGUGUUUGAUGUUUACAGAAGAGCUACGAAUAACUAUCUUUUGAUUGAUUUCAACCCAUUUGGUGAGGUCUGUGACAGUCUAUUAUUUUCCUGGGAGGAACUGAGAACACGUCAAGUAGAUGGAACACAGGAAGAUAUAUUUCGGUAUGUCAUGCAGCAAGAAGGGGUGAAACCAAACCCCUAUGGGCAGUACAGGGUUCCAACCGAUGUUAUUGAUAUAGCUACUGGAUCUGACCCUCAAAAACUUGUUGACUUCCUAAAAGUGGAGGCCGAGCGACAGGCAAGAGAAGAUUCUACCAAAGACGACACUGAUGAUGUGGAAAGAUGAUGAUUAGGAUUUAAUAAUCUAAUUUCUUAUAUUUAUUUCAUACAUGGCUCAAAUGCAUUUGUACAUUUUGGUUCAAUAGUGAGGGACCAAUUGCAUAGCAAGAUAAUUUUACUAAAAGCAUCUGGGUUGGAAAAAAAUUUGAUGAAUAAAAAACUACGAGUGCUUGGGAGCACCAUU